AUCGAUUGGAUCGUGAAGCAUCGCGUGGUUGGUGUCAUCUUCGCUCGUGUGAGGGUUCCGCGGAGGCAUCUUUUCCUGUGCCGAGCGAUGAAUGCGGGCAAUGUCACUGCGGUGCCGACACUGAGCUCUCGAGCAGCUCCGCGAAGAGUCCCGGGACUUAGGGCGACUUCCGGGAAAUUUUGUAGGAUGAAGGAGACGGACUCGUCGAACAGUGUCAUUGUGGCGCAAACAGUGGCAUGCAUACGCGGCUAUCGCACAUCAUUAUCCACGAAUCGAAGGCCUCGUGCGUGCAAGGCAGUUCAUCGGACCUCUGUCAGGGAGUCGACCCAUUCUCGUUCAAGUGCGUAAUUUUCGCCGCCAUAUGAGACAGUCGUUAGCUCAUGUCGAAUUACUUGGCUCCAACUUUUGCGGCUCGCUCAUAUUCAGAUGAGCUAUGU